GGAGAGCAGUCGCCCAGAGACAUCAGGCUCUGCAGACUAAUGCUCAGAAGACCCCAGGGACCACUAACACAGGUUCUACACAUCUCCUAGCAGCAAAACCAACGGGCACAAGAAGUUUACAAUGUCAAGCAAUGUCUCACAAUGCUAUAUCAGUGAAGAAAUGGAACCUUUUACCUAUUUUUACUACUUGAUUUUUCUUAUGGGCUUUAUUGGAAGUUGUUUUGCGCUAUGGGCUUUCACACAAAAGGGCCAGAAGCAGAAGUGUAUGAGCAUCUACUUAAUUAACCUCUUAACAGCAGAUUUUCUGUUGACACUGGCAUUGCCAGUAAAGAUUAUUGUUGACCUAGGAGUUGCGUCCUGGAAACUGAGAAUAUUCCACUGUCAAGUUACAGCCUGUUUCAUCUACCUGAACAUGUACCUAUCAAUCAUAUUUUUGGGAUUUGUGAGCAUGGAUCGCUGCCUGCAGCUAAUGCACAGCUGCAAGAUCUACCGCAUCCAAGAGCCUGGGUUUGCCAAGAUGCUGUCUGCAGUCGUGUGGGUGAUGGUUCUCCUGAUAACAGUGCCAAACAUGGCCAUUCCCAUAAAAACCGUGGAAGAAAGACCCGGAGCAGGAUGCAUCGAUUUCAAAACAAAGUUUGGGAGAGACUGGCACAUCUUCACUAACUUCAUCUGCACAGCAAUAUUCCUGAACUUUUCAGUUGUGAUCCUGAUUUCCAAUUUCCUCGUUGUUCGACAGCUCUACCGAAAGAAAUACAGCGAGAGCUACAGGAGCGUGAGGAAAGCCCUCAUCAACAUCCUGCUGGUGACUGCAGGCUACCUGCUGUGCUUUGUUCCGUACCACAUCGUCCGCAUCCCCUACACUUUGAGCCAAAGCGACACCAUAACCAGCUGCUCUCUGAAACGAGCUCUCUUCAAAGCUAAAGAAAGCACUCUGCUGUUUGCAGUAUCAAACCUCUGCUUUGACCCUAUUCUGUACUACCACCUUUCCACAUCAUUCCGACUGAAGUUUGCUGAGACUUUCACAACACCCAAAGAGGUGACAGCUUUCAGCAGUGAGGAGCUACGACGCAACAGUGAGCAGCAGAUGCCAAAGUACCAGUUCUAAAACACAUCAGGAGAGAGUGCAAACCCGCAGCAUGAGCAGCCACAGUGCAUCUGCAAGCACAGCUGCAACGGGCAGCAGCCCUGCUGAACCAUAAGCCCAAGCAGAAGGAAGAAACCUGACCGGUACCAGCUGCUUUGUUAAACGGUCACACAGUGGGUCUGAACAAGCGGAAUACUCCAGAACACCCUCCCAAACCAGGGCAGUGUACCAGCAACGACCUGCCAGGGAUCAGCAGCACUUAAGAACGCAGUAUGUUCAGACUCCAACACACCUUCCAGUUAUUUAUGGUAAACGCCUGCACUCACCUUUCCUAAGCUAAAUAACCUAAGCUUACUACAGUUGAGUUACUUGGUGCAAUCAGGUGAAGAGAUGACUUAGUAGCAGUUCUUCACAUACACAGCUAUACCAUCACCAAUUCAGAGGGCAUUAUUUACUCCAGACAGUGGUUUUAAGCUGCGUUGAUUGAAUGUUAUUGUUUCUGCUUACAUCACACCUGCAGUUUUUACAAAUAAAUCGCUUGUUCAUGACAAGUCCCUUUGCCUGUCCUUGCUGCUGCUUCCACGAGCAUCCAAGCAAGC